CUCGUCGGCGCAAACUUCCUGCUACUUUUUGUUGUUCUUCUGCCCACAAUCAGCCUGCUGACAGUCACUUCCCCACUCACACUGACUAGUCCUCUACCAUUACCACCAUCAUCAAGCAGACAGCAAGCGCCAAGAUCAGGAGAACAAGCACAGCUCACCCUUGUCCCUCGUUCAAGCCGCUUUGACUGCUACUUGCCAAUUUCGCAGCUGGACCCCACCAAGUUUAAACAGGCCAAGAUGGCAUCCAGCACCGUCUAUGUCGAGCGGCACCCAGACGAAGGGACGGCGCAAUGUCCUGUGGCGCACGAUCCAGCGCAGCCGCUUCCACCCGGUCAUCCCCCGACCUCCAGUCACCCCGCCAGCAGUCUGAAGCCACCCACCGCGCCCGGCUGCAUCUUCUUCAGGACCACCGAUGAUCUCAUCGUCACACCUCCACUGUCAAGAGUGGCGAGCGCAAAGCUGGACGAUCUCAAAGCAGCAGCCAAUAUCAAUCCGCUCGCUCCCGGAGCUGGUCAAUCACUGGACCCCGACACCAGUCUUGUGCUCGCGUCUCGUAACUCGCAGCUGGCGCUGGUGCAGAGCAGUCAUGUGUCAGCCAUGCUCUCGUCUCACUACUCUCACCGCUCGCCCGCUUUUGUCAGCUUCACUCGAGAACAAGCGGCUUUAGCAGGGCAGUCCUCUUCAGCCAAAGCAGACAGCACAAUCACUCCUCCCUCCACGCCACCUUCUCUUCCUUCCUUGCCCACCUUCGAUGCCGAGACAAUCUCCACCGCACAAAGUAGGAUCGCAGCGCUGGGCAUUCCAGGCCCUUGCAGCUUCCCAAUCACGUCGAUGUCCACUGCCGGAGAUCACAAUCAGCGCUCGCCUCUUUACGUCAUUGGCGGAGACGGCAAAGCGAUUUGGACAAAGGAGUUGGAAGUCGCUCUCUCUGGUGGAGCUGUCGACGCUAUCGUGCACUGUCUCAAGGAUGUGCCCACUGCGCUGCCAGACGGGCUCAUGCUUGGCGCGAUUAUGGAGCGAGAAGACCCGAGAGACGCUCUUGUCGUCAAGAAGGGCUUGCCUUACAAGACGCUGGACGAGCUCCCUCCUGGUUCUGUGAUUGGAACAUCGUCCGUUCGAAGGGUGGCGCAGCUGCGCAGGAGAUAUCCAGAGCUAGUCUUUUCAGAUGUCCGCGGAAAUCUCAACACUCGUCUCUCAAAGCUUGACGCGCCGAAUGGGCCUUACACUGCGCUAGUACUUGCCGCAGCUGGACUGAUACGAUUGAAUCUCACAGCUCGCAUCACUGCCUUCCUUUCUGCACCUGUGCUGAUGUACUCUGUCGGCCAAGGUGCGCUCGCCAUCGAGGUCAGAACACCACCGCCUGGAGCUGAUCCUCGAACGAACAGAGAGGCUCGGAUUCUUGAAAUGAUCCGAUCCAUCAGCGACUGGCGAGCUACAUGGCGGGCUGAAGCCGAGAGAGCUUUGCUGAGGGAGCUGGAAGGAGGAUGCUCCAUUCCUGUUGGUGUGGAGACCCGAUUCGCCGACCAUGCAGAGGUGGAAGGACAAAGGAAUGAAGGAGAAGCUCUCAGGUUGGUGGCCGCUUCUCGUGGCGUCGACGUAGGGGAUACGCGAGAGGAAGAAGGGCAUACGAUUCCUCCGGACGAGAUCACGUCCAGCUCUGGUGCGCCAACAAGACCUGCUGCGCUUGAGAGGCUCAACACGGACAAGUUAGACGUUGCUGCUGCUCAAGCUGCCAGCACUUCUGCUACCCCUGCACCGACACCGGCCAUCAAAGCUGCCGAAGAGUACUACCCUGAAGAUCGCGCCGCAGCUCCCGCAGAAGGAGCCGAGCUCACACUUCACGCCAUUGUAGUAUCUCUGGACGGCAAGAGGUCAUGCGACUACACACUUACGCGGCAUUGCAUGGAUGUUGCGGAUGCGCAAGCAUUGGGAAGAGCUGUCGCUCAAGAGCUUGCCCAAUCCAGAGGAGCUAGGGCGAUCUUGGAAGAGGUGGAGAGGCACCGCAAGCUGGCAGAAGCAGCGGACGAGAGGAGACGGAGAGAAGGCAGAGCUCAAAGGGUCGCGGAAGUUGCUGGAAAGGCGGAGGCCGUGGCGCACGAGGGCUACGGACUGGAAGGGAGGAGGGAAGAGAAGCAGAGCUUGGAAGCGAUCGAUGAAGCUGAGGCUAGACGCAAGUUGCAAGAGGUCCUCGAAGCUGCCAAGAAUGGAGAUAGGACUAGAAGCGGUAGUCUGCUCAAUGGCGACGUUCCCCAUGGAUUACUUGCUAACGAGACGGAUAGGAGAGGUAUUCCUCGAUCGGACGGUUUGCCAAAAGCUUGGGAAGUGUAGAUCAGAAUCAGAUGUCUGCCUGCCAUUCCAUGUUCCUCCAUCUUCCCUUUCGAUUUUUUUCUUUUUGCAACCUUGGGCUUGAUCACUAUGACUCCUUGCGCGUGGCAAUGUUACCCGAAGAGCUCCCGCAGACUUGCACGAUGACUCCUGCAGGC